CGAGACUUCAGUGUUCGGAUGAAAGCAGUGCGUUGUCAUCGCUACUGAGGUGAAAUGGAUGACGAUUUCAGUCAGUCCCUCACUCCACCUGUCUCUCCCUUCAUGAGCGAGGAGCUCGCCGAUUCGUCCCUCGCUCGGCCGCCAUGCUUCUCCUGCGCUUUUGAAAAAGGAAGAGAAGAAGCACAAACGCUGUCAUCGGACAGCUACGUCAGCAGAGGCGUCCUAAAGAGGUUGCUGCUAAAGUUAGAUCCGGCUCCUGCAGAUUUCGAAGUCGACACCGUGGAUUUGUUCGGCUUUUCCUGGGUGUCAGAGACGGCGUUGCUGGAGUCGACUCAGCUUCUGUUUGGCUUGUUCAGGCAAAAAGUCUUUAAGUUGGAAAGUCUGGUUCAGUCUAGCUCACAUGAUUUUGGUCAAGCAAGUAGCCUUCAUUAUGAAGCAGAAGAGCUGAGACAGCAGUGCGUGCUGUUUCUCACCUACAUUAAAGUCUUUGUUCACAGGUUUGUUGAGACACCUUAUCCACUGGAGGAAGAGUUCUCCCUGGCGUUUUCUCAGCUGGAGGCACAGUUUCCCUCCGCUCUAGUGGAGCAGCUGUUCAGCGUCACGCUGCUCAUUGGGAGACUUAAAGAUGUACCGGCAAACGUCCAAAGCGCGUUUACCAUCCAUCACCAGGGAAAGCUUUUCCCUCCAUCAUGGCAUUUAUUACACCUUCAUUUGGACGUCCACUGGGCCAUACUGGAGAUCCUGCACAUUUUGGGGCAGAAAAUGACGGGUCAGGUUGUGUAUGCUCGUCAGUUUGUUGACCUAACAGGAGAAACUCUCACCAACGUCAGCCUGUUCGAAGAUCACCUCAACAACCUGCUGUGUGACCUUAUUACUCUAGCAAUGAACAAGUACAGCAAGGUGAGACCAACUGAGGCACUGACGAGCAAUCAUUAUCAUUGCCUGUGCACUAAAGAGAUUUGGUUUCUCCUCAUCCAUUUUCUGGAAAAUCGGAGCAAAACCCUGCACACACAGUCAUUUUGGGGCUAUGUGAAUGCAGUGCUCGAGUCCAUCCUGAAGGGGGCGCCAUCAGGAGUUGCAACACACUGUAAAGAUGUGCUUGGGUUUACGUGGUGGCUAAUCACACACCUCGCACAGCUUGGAAUGCGCAACCGUAAUGGAGUACUUCAAAAUGAGAAACAGGUAGAUGACAACUGGAGUUUUGUGUGUGACCUCCUGAAGUCCAGCUGUGACAUAAAGGCAGCGGUACAGGAGGAGCAGAUGCGGAUGUACGUGCACUGCUGUCUGACUCUCAGCAUGGUGUGGGGACCCAACCUCAGUGCCAUCAACACACUUUGGGAUUUUUUCAGCAAAAACCUUAAUGGAUCGUUCUCAGUACCCUGGUUAGGUGUGACUGGACUGGCCAGCAUCGGCUCAACCCCUCUGGCUCUGCUGGAUCAGGCCAAGAGCUGCUGUAGCCCCGCCCCAUUGGACUCCUCUAACCACACCCAUCUCUAUCGCUCCACCAAUUCUUUCCUUAUUUUCCUACGGAUACUCGCAAUUCACCUGAAACAGGAAAGCGGCGCCCCCUGGAGGCAGAUCAAGGGCAGAAUCUACUCCAAGUUUCAUGAGCGCCGCAUGGCCGAGCUGUCCGAGAGCGGACUACAUCAUUUCCUGCUACUCUUCCUAGUCCUGUCACUCUGCGCAGAUCUGGAGGACGCCACAGGCCGAGCCUCCGAUCUCCUGGCUCUACGAUUGCCCGCGGCGACGACGGUGAUGUCAUGGCGGGGUCGUUUAGCUCUGCUGCUCGGGUACGUAGAGCGGGGUGUGGAUGUGGGUGGAGCUGCCUCGAGGAUCUCCGCCUGUUUCAGCAGUGCUGCACGAGAGUUUUACCUUAAGACCACACCCGUCUUGAAGAGGACAGAGCUAUGGCGCUUGAUCUCCGCCUACCUGGAAGGCGUGGGCCAGGUGUGGCAGACCAGCGCCACCUUGUGUCUGUCUGAGGAAAAGCUGGUUAACGAAGGGUUCGGCCUGCUGCUACCUGCCUGUGGCGCUAAAGAGCUUGACACGGUGCUCGAUUUCUUACAGAUGGCACUGACACAGUUACGAAGGGUGCAGCAGAGUUCUCAGUGUGCGAGUGCAGAUCUUCCUCUCAGCAUGGUUAGAGAGCGCCACCUGGCGGUUGCCGUCACUCUGUGGACUCACUUCUUGCCGUUCCUGCGUACACUGAGACUCUCACAGACACCGCCAGAGGAGCUAGCACAUGCAGCUGCAGGUCUCACUCUGUUAGCACUGGAUUUGCCUAUCUCUGCCCCUCAGGAUCUUCAGCCCCGCCCACUCACGGCCAUGAUUCAAUGCUUUGGAUGGGAUGAGAUGCUUCGUCCUGUACUGGUGACACGCUACCUCAACAUGCUGCUGCAGAAUGAGGAGCUGGUGGCUAAGAUGAGUUCUGCUGCAGAGUCAGCCCAGGCUCUGUGUGUGAAGACGUGGAUUCGCUGUAUUGUACAACAGCAUCAAAACAACACCCCUGACACGCAAACCAGCAGAACAGACAGGAGUUUAGCGGAGCAGUUAGUGGAGAUGACCUCACUGAUCCUCCGGCUACCAGAAGUGGAGUCACUGCUACAGAGAGCCGGACUGAACACUAACAUUGCCGUGCAAGAUCCUAAAACUGCCCUGACUUUGUUUAUAAAGUGUGUAGGUCGUGUGUAUUGUGGGCUGCAACAGCUGUCUGAGCGCGCGUCUCUUGUGUGUAAAGCACUGGAGUACAUAGGCGACAUAAUGAAGUUCAUCAAACCCAACCUGCUGAGCAAGAGCACAGAGGGGCUGCACAUCACCUACUGGACUCUUGGUUGUGUGGUUAAGCACUGGAGCCCUCUACUGGCCACAUCUAAAGCUCAGCCCCUUCUCCUGCGCAUCAUAGAAGUUCUGCUCCUUCCUCAUUCCCUGCUGCAGGAUAAAGCCCCGCCUCCUCAGCUGAUCUCUGCUAUUCGGGACACACUGCCGCUCUAUCUGCAGGGUCUCUCUGGAGCAGUGGGCGUGUCCCAAACGCAGGUGACAUACCUCAAGCAGCAGCUGUGUAGCAUCAUCACUCAGUACCUGAGCCGCUUUCUGCCAGCCACGCCCACCGUUGGAGCAAUAGCCAAUCACCCAGUGCUGCUGGCUGGCUGCGAGGCCACACCCACUCCAAGAGGGGCUGCACUGAGAAAGACCAUACUGCAGGCGCUCAGGGAAAACUUCCUGCAGUUCAAAGGCCACGCCCCUCCUCCUCGAUUGGUAGCCGUCCUCAUGUUCCUGUUGGAGCUUCUAAGACGUAAUAACGACACUGACCCGGCCCUCCUUACUGUGCCCCUAGCACAUGUGUUGCGCUGCGUGAUGCUCGUCAAUGAGCCUCAAGUGAAGAGGCUGAGUACAGAAUGUGUGCAGCUAAUCAUCGAGAGAUGUUCCUCUGCAGCCACAGAGGAACCGUGUGAACUUAGCACAGUUCUCAGAACAUUUGUGGAGGAGAACGAGGGUGUGUAUGAGCAACAGAUGUACUGCGCCUUGGAGAUGGUAGCUGUCCUCAAUCCCAGGGCCGUGUCGCCUCUGAUUCCAGUUCUUUCGCAGAGUUUACGAAACACAGAGCACAAGAGAGGAAUCGGAAAAAACACAUCACUCAGAAACGCGUACAGGAAUCUUCUGGCACUGUUGGGAGAUGCCGGACAGGCUGAAAUUAUCAUCCUAGAAGAGGAUUAACCUGUUACCUCGUGUCCUCUGCUCUGAUUGUAAAUACUGUACAUAAUGUUUACAUUGUACAUGGUCUGAAUCUGUGGAUUUUUCAAUAAAUAUGUGUUUG